GAACGAGUGGGAACGUAGCUGGUCGCAGAGGGCACCAGCAGCUGCAGGACUUCACCGAGGGACCCUGAGGCUCGUGAGCAGGGACCCGCGGUGCGGGUUAUGCUGGGAGCUCGGAUCACUGUGGACAACUGGACACUCAGGACCACGCCAUGGAGGAGCUGCAGGAUGAUCAUGAAGACGUGUUGGAGGAGAAUCUGGAGCUGGAGGAAUAUGAAGACCCAGGCGUCCUCAAGCCCCAGGUGGAGGAACCAGCAGCUCAUGACACCGAGGCGACAGCCACAGACUACCACACCACAUCGCACCCGGGUACCCACGAGGUCUAUGUGGAGCUACAGGAGCUGGUGAUGGAUGAAAAGAACCAGGAACUGAGAUGGAUGGAGGCAGCGCGCUGGGUGCGACUGGAGGAGAACCUGGGGGAGAACGGGGCCUGGGGCCGCCCGCACCUCUCUCACCUCACCUUCUGGAGCCUUCUACAGUUGCACGAAGUCUUCACCAAGGGUACCGUCCUCCUGGACCUGCAAGAGACCUCCCUGGCUGGAGUGGCCAAUCAACUGCUAGACAGGUUUAUCUUUGAGGACCAGAUCCGGCCUCAGGACCGAGAGGAGCUGCUCCGGGUCCUGCUGCUCAAACACAGCCAUGCCGGAGAGCUGGAGGCCCUGGGGGGUGUGAAGCCUGCGGUCCUGACGCGCUCUGGGGAGCCUCUGCUCUCUCAACACUCCUCACUGGAGACACAGCUCUUCUGUGAGCAGGGAGAUGGGGGCACAGAAGGACACUCACCAUCUGGAAUUCUGGAAAAGAUUCCCCCGGAUGCAGAGGCCACGCUGGUGCUAGUGGGCCGAGCCGCCUUCCUGGAGCAGCCAGUGCUGGGCUUCGUGAGGCUGCAGGAGGCAGCGGAGCUGGAGGCAGUGGAGCAGCCCGUGCCUGUGCGCUUCCUCUUUGUAUUGCUGGGACGUGAUGACCUCCGCAUGGAUUGCACGCAGCUCGGCCGGGCCGCUGCCACCCUCAUGUCAGAGAGGGUGUUCCGUAUAGAUGCCUACAUGGCUCAGAGCCGAGAGGAGCUGCUGCGCUCCCUGAAGGGCUUCCUGGACUGCAGCCUAGUGCUGCCUCCCACUGAUGCCCCCUCCGAGCAGGCACUGCUCAGUCUGGUACCUGUGCAGAGGGAGCUGCUUCGAAGACGCUACCAGCCCAGCCCUGCCAAGCCAGACUCCAGCUUCUACAAGGGCCUAGACUUAAAUGGGGGCCUAGGGGGCCCCGGGGGCCCAGACGAUCCUCUGCAGCAGACAGGCCAGCUUUUCGGGGGCCUGGUGCGUGACAUCCGGCGCCGCUACCCCUAUUACCUGAGUGACAUCACAGAUGCGUUCAGCCCCCAGGUCCUGGCUGCCGUCAUCUUCAUCUACUUUGCUGCCCUGUCACCCGCCAUCACAUUCGGUGGCCUCCUGGGAGAAAAGACCGGGAACCAGAUGGGAGUGUCGGAGCUGCUGAUCUCCACGGCAGUGCAGGGCAUUCUCUUCGCUCUCCUGGGGGCUCAGCCCCUGCUUGUGGUUGGCUUCUCAGGACCCCUGCUGGUGUUUGAAGAAGCCUUCUUCUCGUUCUGUGAGAGCAACGGUCUAGAGUACAUCGUGGGCCGUGUGUGGAUCGGCUUCUGGCUCAUCCUGCUGGUGGUGCUGGUGGUGGCCUUCGAGGGUAGCUUCCUGGUCCGCUUCAUCUCCCGCUAUACCCAGGAGAUCUUCUCCUUCCUCAUCUCCCUCAUCUUCAUCUAUGAGACCUUCUCCAAGCUGAUCAAGAUCUUCCAGGACCACCCACUACAGAAGACUUAUGACCACAAUGUGUUGAUGGUGCCCAAACCUCAGGGCCCCCUGCCCAACACAGCCCUCCUCUCCCUUGUGCUCAUGGCUGGUACUUUCUUCUUUGCCGUGAUGCUGCGCAAGUUCAAGAACAGCUCCUACUUCCCUGGCAAGCUUCGUCGGGUCAUCGGGGACUUUGGGGUCCCCAUCUCCAUCCUGAUCAUGGUCCUGGUGGAUUUCUUCAUUGAGGAAACCUACACCCAGGUGACCCCUCCUCCCACCCCUCAGACCAUGAUACCCCCCAGGCUGAUUAUCAGCAAACCCGAGCGCAAGAUGGUCAAGGGCUCCGGCUUCCACCUGGACCUGCUGCUGGUAGUGGGCAUGGGCGGGGUGGCUGCCCUCUUUGGGAUGCCCUGGCUCAGUGCCACCACUGUGCGUUCUGUCACCCAUGCCAACGCCCUCACUGUCAUGGGCAAAGCCAGCACCCCAGGGGCUGCAGCCCAGAUCCAGGAGGUCAAAGAGCAGCGGAUCAGUGGACUCCUGGUCUCUGUGCUUGUGGGCCUGUCCAUCCUCAUGGAGCCCAUCCUGUCCCGCAUCCCCCUGGCUGUACUGUUUGGCAUCUUCCUCUACAUGGGGGUCACAUCGCUCAUUGGCAUCCAGCUUUUUGACCGCAUCUUGCUUCUGCUCAAGCCAUCCAAGUACCACCCAGAUGUGCCCUACGUCAAGCGGGUGAAGACCUGGCGCAUGCACUUGUUCACGGGCAUCCAGAUCAUCUGCCUGGCAGUGCUGUGGGUGGUGAAGUCCACGCCGGCCUCCCUGGCCCUGCCCUUCGUCCUCAUCCUCACUGUGCCGCUGCGGCGCGUCCUGCUGCCGCUCAUCUUCAGGAACCUGGAGCUUCAGUGUCUGGAUGCUGAUGAUGCCAAGGCAACCUUUGAUGAGGAGGAAGGUCGGGAUGUAUACAACGAAGUGGCGAUGCCUGUCUGAGGGGCGGGUCCAGGCCCUAGACCCUCCCCCACCAUUCCACGUCCCCACUUUCCCAGGAAAAGCAGAAGUUCAUGGGCACCUCAUGGACUCCAGGCUCCUCCUGGAGCAGCAGCUGAGGUCCCAGGGCUGUGGGCGGGGAAGGAAGGGGUGUCCAAGAGACCUUCCACAAAGGGUAGCCUGGCUUUUCUGGCUGGAGACGGCCGACAGGGCCCACAUUAGGAGGUUUGCUCCACAGUCCCUUCUGUUGCCACACUUUCACUGGGGACCCUGUGCUGGAAGACUUAUCUCUCAGCGCUCCCUCUUCCCAGCUCAGGCAGGGGUAGAAGCAAAGGCAGGAGGUGGGUAGGCGGGUGGGGUGCUUGCUGUGUGACCUUGGGCAAGUCCCUUGACCUUUCUGGCCUAUACUUCCUUUUCUGUAAAAUGGGUAUAUAGAUGAUAAUACCCACAUUACAGGAUGGUUACUGAGGACCAAAGAUACAUGUAAAAUAGGGCUUUGUAAACUCCACAAGGACUGUUCUACAGCAGUCAUCAUUUGUCUUUGAACAUACCCAAGGUCCCAUAGCUGGGAUUUUAACUGGGUCGUGCAGCUGGAAUUUGAACCAGGCCUUCUGACUUUGAGGUCUGAGCUCUGUCCUCUGUCAGUCAUGUGUCCACCUUCCGUUCCCCUGUGACUCCUCCCUUCCCCACUCUGCUCCCAGCCCCUACCUUGAGACCCUCUUCUCUGGGCCCACAGAGAGGCAUCCUGGCAAG